AAUAGAAAUACAAAAUUGAGCUUGGAAACUGAGAGAGAGAGAGAGAUUGGGAAAAAUAUGGAAGAAGCACAGAAGUACGUAUGGGAAGGAGCGAUUCCGCUUCAGAUUCAUCUCCAUGAAUCCGAAGUCACCACUCUCCCUACUCCUCCACCCGCACUGAUCUUGGCUCCUCGAAUUGGAUACUUACCUUUGUUGGUUCCUCAAAUAAAGCCCCAUUUCAGUAACGCGCUCCCUCCUGGCUCCCCUGACACCGUUUGGUUCGACUACAAUGGCUUGCCCCUCAAAUGGUAUAUACCAACAGGAGUUCUUUUUGACCUUCUAUGUGCUGAACCAGAAAGACCUUGGAAUCUAACAGUACAUUUUAGAGGAUACCCAUCAAAUAUAUUAGUCCCAUGUGAAGGUGAAGAUAGUGUAAAAUGGAGCUUUAUUAAUUCUUUGAAAGAGGCAUCAGAAGCAAUUCAAGCCAUAGCCUUACCUUGGAAAAGGAAUUUCAAAUUUGAAGAAUUUCCUGAAGUUUUUUUGAAGAUGUCUAAUCUUAGAUUGCUGAUUAUUAAUGGUUUCGACAUCCCGGAUGCUCUCGAUUUUGCUCCAAAUAGCCUGAAGUAUCUUUCAUUGGAUUACAGUUCUUUAAAAUGUUUGCAUCUAGUUUCCAACCAAAGGAGCUUGUUCAUCUUGACUUGCCCUUUAGCAAGUUUGAAUAUCUUUGGGAAGGAGAAAAGCGUUUAGGAAAGUUAAAGUUCAUUGAUCUUAGUUUUUCCACAAACCUUAUUAGGACACCUGACUUUUCUGGGGUUCCAAGACUUGUGCAACUAAAGUUUGGUGGUUGCUCUAAUUUGGUUGAGAUUCACCCAUCUAUUGGACAACUUAGCAGGCUUAAGUAUUUAGAUCUGAUAUGCUGUGUAUCUCUUACCAAUCUUCCCAGCAUGUCUGCUGAAAUGCAGUCUCUUACGACUAUUAGACUAUAUGUAUAAGUGCCAACCAUAAACAUCAUUCUAAAAAAUAGACCUUACUACAUACAAUAACAGCACUCUUAAACCCAUACAAUAAAAAUCUUUUGCAAAACAUAUUUACUUAUAUAUUUUUAUUAACUUAAAAAGAAAAGAAGCUAAACACAUUACAAUGCCCCUCGCCCCUCUUUUCUUUCUCACAAUCACAAUGCCCCAGUACAACAAACUUAAUAUAUUUUUCCCUACUCUUCUCAAUAAUGGAUUAGUUCUCUCAAUCAUCUCCAUCUCAAGGGACGGCUCGACAAAUUGGGCAUGCAGGGACUCGAGCCAAGGCGCGGACAAUGCACCUUCGGUGAUACACAUGCUUACAAGUUUGUAUGGUAGCUAAUCUGUCUCCGGCAUUAAAAUCACCUAAACAAAUCGAACACAUCUCCGCGUUAUACGGGAUAUUUGAAAUAUUUUGGAAAAGCACCAUCCGAACCCCCACAGGAAGCCUAGUACGACUACGGUAUAGAUAUACCACGUAUAUCACCAAAGUCGUAAGCAUCAAAAUGCAAAUAGAGGUGAUAACGUUGGCAUUAAAUUGGUUAUGCCAAAUACCAGGAUUAGGCCCGAUAGGCUGUGUAA